AUGAGCUCUCUGACAUCAAAUAAACUUUGUCCUUGGCAUCGUGUCAACAUCUGCGUCCAGUUCUGGUUCCAAAAGUCACUGCAGGGGCCGAACGCAAACACAAGAGAACAAACUUGCCUUUGAAAGCAGCUGCGUCCUUUAGCGUCUCUCUGGAUCGCCUGCCACCAUGGACGAAUCCACCUGCACUCUUUUACUGCUGUUAUCCCUCCCAUCUAUUCCCAUGCUGGGUGUGCGCGGCGAGGGUUUGGCGCUGAUGCCGGUUGAACUGGCGCCCAUCCCCUGCAAUGACCCGGCAGUGGGGAAGCUGUCUCGUCUGGCUGUCACUUACAUCAAUGAGGAUCGGACCGACGGCUACAAGUUUGCCCUCAACCGCGUUGCAAACGUCCACCUGCAUGCCCAGGGCCCAGCAGGCAACGUGUAUUACAUGGACCUGGAUGUCCUGGAGACCAAGUGUCACAUAGGCAGCCCGAAACCAUGGAAACGCUGUGACGUCAGACCAUUCAUGGAAACACAAAUCUCUGGCAUCUGUAACACCACCAUGCUCCACACAAUCGAGGGAUACUCCUACCUGUACAGCUACGACUGCACUCUCGUCCCAGAUCCCCCGGAGAAGCUCCAGCAGACCUGUCCUACCUGCCCCACCCUGCUUCCAGUGGAGAGCCCCCAGGCUGUGGCUGCUGCUCAGGUCACUCUGGCGUCCUACAGGAGACAGUCACCGGUGGGUGCAGGGCUCGGAGUGAAGAAGAUCACUAGAGCUGCAGCGCAGGCUGCACCUGUGAAGACCAGCUUUGUGGAGUAUAUCGUCCAGGAGUGUCCAGAGGGAGUGACAGAAAGAGGCACCUGCCAGCGGCUGACACUCGAGUCCGACACGGAGACUGCAGGUUUUUGCGCAGGAUCUGUGCACGGAGACUUGGAAGUAAAUCCUGAUGUCCAGGUGUCGUGUGAAAUGUUCAAAGCGCAGAAAGUUGACGUCUUCAGACCAGUGAAUCCCCAAGGUCACGACUUCCCCCAGGACCCCACGAUGCCAACCUCCCCCCGUCUGAUCGAAGAACCAAUGACUGAUCCUCUGCCUGUUCCCUCUGACCCCACACUGCCCCCUGCUGUUCAUCCAGAGCUGUUUGACCCCACACCCAUUAUUCCUGUGCCGUUCGACCCCCUUGGUGCGGUCAAUUCCUCUAACCCCCUCAGCUCAUCUUCCAGUGAGUCUGCGGAGGAUCUAGUAAACCAGCAACAGCGCCCCCCAGGGGCUGAUUCGCUUUCUUCGUCCUCUGAGGAGAUCGGGGGCCCCGUAGCACUGCGACCCCCGUUCAACUUCCGCUACCAAAGGCGGGACCGCCAAAAGCGGCAGGCCUUGACAGAGACUUCGCCGACUCAUGACCCCACCUUCCUGUCUGAUUUCCCCAGUGGGCCUUCUCCUUUCCGCUCCUGUCCUGGUCCAGCUCGAUACACCACAGUUUAA